UUCGGCGAAGUAGUCCGUCUACAGACAGCAGAGUCCCACUUACAGCACCCCUGCAACACAAGCCUGACCGGAGCAGCUACAGACAGACGAGUUACCAUGGCAGAGCGAGUGCUGGUCAUUGGUAGUGGUGGCCGGGAGCACGCCCUGGCCUGGAAGCUUGCCCAGUCCCCACAUGUCCAACAGGUCCUGGUUGCCCCGGGAAAUGCUGGCACAGCUGACUGUGGAAAGAUAUCCAACUCUGUGGUGUCUGUAAGCAAUCACUCCAUCCUGGCUCAGUACUGCAAGGAUCACAAUGUGGGGCUAGUCGUGGUGGGGCCAGAGGCACCCCUGGCUGCAGGGAUAGUGGAUGACCUGACUGCUGCGGGAAUUCCAUGUUUCGGACCAUCGGCCUGUGCUGCCCAGCUCGAAGCCAGUAAGAGCUUCUCCAAGAGCUUUAUGGAUCGGCACGGCAUCCCCACGGCCCGGUGGCAGUCCUUCACCGACCCACAGGAGGCCUGCAGCUUCAUCCAGGGGGCGGAUUUCCCUGUGCUGGUGGUGAAGGCAAGUGGCCUAGCAGCAGGGAAGGGGGUGAUUGUGGCCAGAGAUAAAGAAGAGGCCUGCCGAGCCGUGCAAGACAUCAUGAAGGCGUUCGGCUCGGCCGGGGAAACAGUGGUGGUGGAGGAACUCCUGGUGGGAGAGGAAGUAUCUUGUCUGUGCUUCAGUGAUGGCUCUACUGUGGCCCUGAUGCCCCCAGCACAGGACCACAAGCGGCUACUAGAUGGGGACCAGGGGCCAAACACAGGAGGCAUGGGGGCUUACUGUCCUACCCCACAGGUGUCAGAGGAGAUACUACAGCAGAUCAAAGAGACUGUCCUGCAGAAGACUGUGGAUGGGAUGAGGCAGGAGGGCACUCCAUAUGUGGGUGUGCUGUACGCUGGACUGAUGAUGACCAAUCAAGGACCAAAAGUUUUGGAGUUUAACUGUCGCUUUGGUGACCCUGAAUGUCAGGUCCUGAUGCCAUUGCUGCAGAGUGACCUUUAUGAGAUUCUCCAAGACACGCUGCAAGGCAAGCUGGCCUCCAGCUCCCCCUCCUGGCUGGACAAGAGUGCUGCGGUCACUGUAGUCAUGGCGAGCAGUGGCUAUCCAGGAGAUUACAAAAAAGGUGUUCAAAUCACAGGUCUCUCACAGGCUGAGGAGCAAGGGCUGCUUGUGUUCCAUGCGGGCACCACACUGAAGGAGGGAAAGGUGCUGACGAGUGGGGGGCGUGUCCUGGCAGUCACUGCUGUGCGUCCGAGCCUGGAGAGUGCCCUGCACAGUGCCAACCAGGGUGUUGCUGCCGUGGGCUUCCCUGGGGCUGUAUACCGCAAGGACAUUGGGCACCAGGCCAUUGCCUUCCUGGCUCACUCCAGGGGCCUGACUUACAGGGACAGUGGAGUGGAUAUCGCAGCGGGAAACAAGCUGGUAGAGAUGAUUAAACCCCUGGCUAAAGCCACCUCUCGUUCAGGGUGCAGUGCUGAGCUGGGAGGCUUUGCAGGACUGUUUGACCUUAAAGCUGCGGGAUUCAAAGACCCCAUUCUGGUGUCUGGGACUGACGGUGUAGGGACCAAGCUCAAGAUCGCCCAAGCAUGCAACCACCAUGACUCUCUGGGUCAGGACCUGGUGGCCAUGUGUGUGAAUGAUGUCCUGGCACAGGGGGCAGAGCCUCUCUUCUUCUUGGAUUAUUUUUCCUGUGGGCAUCUUGAUGUGGGGGUGGCCUCCUCUGUGAUUGGUGGAAUAGCGGAUGCAUGCCGCAUGGCUGGCUGUGCCUUGCUCGGGGGUGAGACCGCAGAGAUGCCUGGCAUUUAUGGCACUGGGGAGUAUGACUUGGCAGGGUUCUGUGUGGGAGCAGUGGAGCGGGACAGCCUCCUACCCAGGCUGGGGGACAUCGUGGUGGGGGACAUGCUCAUCGGGGUGGCCUCUUCUGGGGUGCACAGCAACGGAUUCAGCCUGGUGCGCAAGGUCCUGGAGAGGGCCAGCCUGCAGUACAGUUGCCCUGCUCCCUUUGGGAAACCUGGACAGACUGUGGGUGAGGUGCUUCUCACCCCCACAAAGAUCUACAGUCAGCUCCUUAAGCCAAUCCUGCGCAGCGGAGCUGUGAAGGCUUAUGCCCACAUCACUGGUGGUGGCCUUCUGGAGAACAUCCCCCGCGUGCUGCCUCUCAAGCUGGCUGCUGACCUGGAUGCCUCUUGCUGGAGCAUCCCGGCUGUGUUCUCCUGGCUGCAGCAUGAGGGGAAGCUCUCUGAAGAGGAGAUGGGGCGCACCUUUAACUGCGGGCUGGGUGCAGUCUUGGUGGUGGGCCGGCAGGACGCCCACUGGGUCCUGAAGCAGGUGCAGGCUGAAGAGGAGGCCUGGAUUGUGGGAUCACUUUCACACAAGCAGCCAGGGUCAGAGCCAGUGGUGAUCCGGAACCUGCAACACAGCCUGGAAAUGGGACAAAACCCCUCACCUGAUGCCUGUGAUCUACAGAAUGGAGCUGAGCAUGGGGAUAGCGUCCCUGGCAGGAGGACCAAGGUGGCUGUGCUCAUCUCUGGGACAGGUACAAACUUGAAGGCCCUGAUCGAGCAGGUGAAGAAGCCCUCCAGCUCAGCAGAAAUUGUGGUGGUCAUCUCCAACAGGCCAGGUGUCCUGGGGCUGAAGAGGGCAUCACUAGCCGGUAUUCAAACUCGGCGAAGGGCGAGAGCAGUCACUCCACCCGGCCUCGACCCCCAGUCUACGGGGUAUCAAACCUGCAGCUUGACCACAACGCCAAAGAGCCAGGCUUGUUGAUAUGGCAGUCAGAGCGCAUACUCAACUGUAGUGACAGCACUCUGUCACAGUCUCCCUCCUAUUUUAGAUCUCACAUGUCUUUCCUGCUUGUGUGUGUCAAAUAUUCUUCUGUCUAUAUCUGUAUCUGUGGGUUCAUCCUCUCAUUGUAGAGAGGACUGGAUUUCUCAGUGACAGGGCUUCUCAGGAUUUCUCAGGGCUGACAUGACUGCUCCACUUUUUUAUCUGUAAAACCUUUUUAUCUUUGGUUUGUUUAUCUGUAAUCUAAUCAUCAGCAAUGAGUGGCAGAACCAGGGAGUUGUUUGUAUGUAUGCAGUGGCACUCAUGGUUUCAUGUACAAUCUAAAUGUGCUGCUUUGGUCAGGUGGUGGAUCACAAGCUGUAUGGCAGUCGGUCGGAGUUCGACAGCACCAUGGACCGUGUGCUGGGGGAGUUCGGAGUCGAG